AUCAGGGAUAUUCUGCAGAGAACGCCGAGACAGAAGCUCAACAGCCAACUUGAUACCUUCAACAUCUUGUCCAGACAACAAACUCAGGAUGACGUACAUCACAGAACUUGCUGUUUCAAUUAAUGUCGAUCAGGAGCAAGCCCUACGCAAUCAAGGUUUCAAGUCAGAUUAUGUUGAUCUGAACCAAGGUGCAGGAGGAAACAAGGUUUACCUCUGGUACAAGAAAGGCACAUGUGAUCCCAUCACCAGAUUGCAGGUUGCAUUCAUGGAUGACAUGAACAAGGGUUUGAGAAAUGCAGGUUAUAUUCAGGUAGAUGGAAACCUCAACGCGGGGAAUUGUGGAGAAGGCAUCUUUCUCUGGUACUACAAAGGUACAACUGAGUAUGACAACCCUAUAUUGGAACUCAAGGUCACCACAUAUGUGGAAGAUGAAACCCCAUUUUUCAAAAAUGGCUGGGAACGACUGGCGUAUGAUCUGAAUCGCAACUGUUGUGGGAACCAAAUCCAUCUCUGGGCGCUGAAAGAGAAGAAAAUGUACAUCUCUGACAUCACUGCCACCACUAGUUUUGGAACGGAUGAUGUUCUUUUUAACGAUGGCUACACCCGUGUGGAUGAAGAUGUGAAUCGAAAUAGAGAAACAAAUAAAGAUAACUCCGGCUUCAUCUGGUAUCGUUGUUCCGAAUCGGCCGAAGAAGGUUUUAGUGACCUGGAUGUCUCUACUAACAACAAAGAGGAGGAAAGCCUUCAGCAAAGGGGCUAUACCAGUCUUAGUGUUAACCUCAACGAAGGAGCAGGAGGCAACCAGAUCUACCUCUGGUACAAGAAGGGUUCAGAUCAUCACAUCUCAACCCUCACUAUGAUCACGGUUGGAGCAAAGGGUCCUUAUGAGAAGGCCGGCAUCCGUGUCAUUGGAAAAAGUCUGAAUACAGGCAACAAUGGCACUCCGUUGUACCUGGCAUUCCCAUGAAAGCAUGAGAGGGAGGGGUUUCAUUUGAUGUAUGACAGAUGAUUAAUAUGCCUGUCAAAAUAGCUUUGGAUUACAUAGUUAGCCUAGCAUUACAGAGCUUAGCAUUACAUAGCCAAGACAUCACAACACCAAUACCAUGUAACUUCAAAGGCAGUUAAACUCACUUGAUGCAGUAAUGAUUUUAGUCACUAAACAUAACCUACAAUUGUAUCUGAAUCUUCUAAAUCACAUUGUAAUUGAAAUAUCUAUGUUGUUAAUGCUUCUGCUUUUUGUGAUAUGGGACAACAUGCAUUACCAGCAAAUAAACCAUCAUCCAUAUCAGUAA